CGGCAACCUCUCUGACCAAUCUCACCAACGAUUCGUGCCACUUUCAGUGAUUACUUAUCGAUUGAGCUGUAAGGAUCGAACAGCUCUCCGAUUAAAAUGGCUCUGCAUUCACGCCUAUUUCUCACCGCUCUUCUACUGACAAUCGAAAUGGAAGCCGUCAGCAGACAGAUUUACCACUGUGCCAAAGUAAAAUCCAAAAACUGUGUCAUCGCAAACAUUUCCGCGGAUUCAUCCGACAGCGUGACGCUUUCCGAUCUGGGAGAUAAAACAUUACUGCACAUCAAGGAAGGCCAACUGUUGCACUUCUCGAAGAAACUCGCCGACCAGCUGGGAAAUGUCGUGAAGCUAGAGCUUGGCCCACUCGGUAUGCGGGAACUCUUCCUGCGGCCGCAGCUGAUCGCGGUCGAAGCGAACGGGAAUCAAAUCGCCGCGAUCAGUUUCGAUUCGCAAGCGGAAUACAGCACCGAGAUCCUGAAACUGAACGGUAAUCGGCUUUCCACCCUGGCUGGGUUCGAAGUUUUGAUACACUUGAAAGAACUUUGGCUGUCGUCGAACGAUCUGGACCGUAUUGAUAUGAAUGUGUUCGAAAAUAUGGAGAGUUUGGAAAGAUUGACGCUGGAUCGGAACCAAAUUGUGACCAUUGAAGCUGCCAGCCCAAUUGUGCUGCCACAUUUGAGUAAUUUAUCGUUGUCCGACAAUAGGAUAAAUAAGCUGGACGUAUCCAAUUGGGACUUCGAAUCACUCACUGAGUUGAACCUCAGUGGGAACGAUCUGAUUCACAUCGAAAGUUUCCACGAGCGGUUCGUGACACUUCAAUACGUUUCAUUGGCGCGCAACUCGUGGUAUUGCAGCUGGUUGGAAACUAUUUUGCAGAAGUUCUCAAAAACCUAUGUCACCGUCAAAGACAGAGAUCAGGGCUGCGAAGGAUCGUCGCGUGCCAAUCUGUGUUGUUUGGCUGAACUGGACAGUGGCACUUAUGAUGAAAACUUUGAAAAACUAGAAAAAUUGCAGAAAAACCAUGCAGCCUUGCAAAAAAAGUUGCAUGCACAGAUCCAGACAAUUGAAGCCGAUCAAAAUAAAAUGCUCAAGAAUAUCGACGUUCGCUUCUCUAAGCUAGAGAAGCAGAAAACUUCAGGAGGCCUUAUCACCACGGUUAGCACUGAAAGUGUAGUAGCCUCCCAGGCCGCUCGGAAGAAGGUACUGGAAAUCAAAAAUUCCUGGUCAUCUGUCAUAAAAAAGUUCGAAAAUCAACGGGAGGCCAAUCGAAAAGUCCAGCAACGUCUUGGACUCGCGAUCGUGGAGUUGAAGCGCACGUUGGAACGCGAUACGAAAGCUAUCGCCGAGCUUCAGGCGCAGUUCGGGCAGCUCAAGGACCACGUUAGAAACGUGUUGGAGAAGCGUGAUAUAAUGAACGGAUGAAAUUAGGAUUAAGUUUUAAGAAUAUUUUCACUCUGUAUGCAGAAUCAAAUAAUAACCAACUUCAUUUGUAUUGCGGAAAAA